CGAUCCUCCAAAAAUACCAGCGUCACCGAGCAGACAGCCAGAUAAAGGCAAAGGGAAAGAGACGGAGCGCGUCACUCUCACAUUUGGCGCUGUUAAAGGUCGCCACGGUUUGGAUCAAUAUGCCCCGUUUCUCCUCGAGCUGCUCCGAAACUCUCCUCCCUUCCCCGGCGUUGAUGUGAACGCGUCAUCGGUCGUGACGGAUCUGCUCGAUACUUGUGAAGAUCCCACACUUUGCAGUGUUUUAUGCCCCUUUUUUGAUUCGACCGUCCGAGGAGAGCGUUAAAAUGACAGCGACCAAGGAGCAGCCGAACCAGAGGCAGAACCCGCAGCAGCAGGAUGAGGAUCUGGGCGGAGUGAGUCCUCCACAGAGGAACUGGAAGGGGAUUGCGAUCGCUCUGCUGGUCAUAUUGGUGGUCUGCUCCCUCAUCACCAUGUCAGUCAUCCUCCUCACACCAGCUGAUACUCAGGCAGGAAGUGACACCAAACUGACCGUGGAGGAUCUCUUCAAACCCGACUUUGUGGUCCACGACCCCGAGGCCAGCUGGAUCAAUGAUUCUGAAGUGAUCUACAGAAACAGUGACGGCCACGUCAUCAAGUUCAACAUCCUCACCAAUGAGACGGAAAUCGUCCUGACAAACACAACAUUUGUAAAUUUCAACGUGGCAAAAUAUUCCGUUUCACCCGACCUGAAGUAUGUGCUCUUCGCCUACGAUGUCAAACAGGUUUACCGUCACUCCUACAUGGCGUCCUACAGUAUCUACAACAUUCACACUCGGGAGGUUUGGGAGCUGGACCCUCCAGAGGUGGAGAACUCUGUCCUCCAGUACGCUGCCUGGGGUGUUCAAGGACAGCAGCUGAUCUACAUCUUUGAGAACAACAUCUACUAUCAGUCGGAUGUGAAGAGUAAUUCCCUCAGACUGACCUCGUCCGGAAAGGAAGGUGUUGUCUUCAAUGGCAUUGCGGACUGGCUUUAUGAAGAGGAGAUUCUUCAGACCCAUGUUGCUCACUGGUGGUCACCUGACGGAGAGCGUUUGGCCUUCCUGGUGCUCAAUGACAGUCUGGUGCCAAACAUGGCUUUACCCAGAUUCACCGGCUCCACAUACCCCAGAGGAAAGCUUUACCCUUACCCCAAAGCUGGUCAGCCAAACCCGGUGGUGAAGCUCUACGUGGUGAACCUGUACGGGCCGACUCACACUCUGGAGCUAAUGCCACCAGAGAGCCUGAAACUUCGAGAACACUACGUGACCAUGGUGAAGUGGAUCAGCAAGACCAGGACGGCCGUGCGGUGGUUGAACCGGGCCCAGAACAUUUCCAUCCUGACUGUGUGCGACACCACGACAGGAGCCUGUGUGACCAGACACGAGGAAAGCUCCGAGCUCUGGCUCUCGAAGCAGAACCAAGAGCCGGUUUUCUCUCAAGACGGCAGCAGAUUCUUCCUGACAGUUCCGGUCAAACAAGGUGGACGUGGAGAAUUUCAUCACAUCGCAAUGUUCACCACUCAGGUGAGGAAGAGUUCCACUUUGUUAUUGUUGACCGUGUGUUUGACAUUCCUGCCUUGGUUUCAGUUCAGAGUGGAUCAGAACGAGGUGCGUCAUUUGACGUCGGGCAACUGGGAGGUGACAAAGAUCGUGGCCUUUGAUGAAAACGCAGAGAUCCUUUAUUUUCUCAGUACGGAGGGAUCGCCUCGGCGCAGGCAGCUCUACAGUGUGAAAACAGUGGGUUUGUUCCCACGCCGUUGUUUAACAUGCGAGCUGAAUAAAGCUCACUGCUCGUACUUCGACGCCGUGUUCAGCCCUACAAACCAGCACAUCGUACUCCACUGCAAAGGUCCCGGGGCGCCGACCGUGAUCCUUCACAGCCUCAAUAACUCAAACUACUUCAUCCUGGAGAACAACUCUCUGCUGAAAGCUGCGCUGAAGUACAAGCGAAUACAGCUCACAGACUUCAGAACGGUCCCCAUGGAACAUUUUGAUCUGCCACUGCAGAUCUCUUACCCUCCAGACUUCUCUGAAUCCCGACACUACGGCCUCCUGCUGGUCAUUGACACUGCUCCCGGUGAGCAGGCGGUGAGCGACCUCUACAGUCUCAGUUGGGACUCCGUGCUGGUCAGCUCAGAUAAUGUGAUCGUGGCUCGCCUGGAUGGUCGAGGUAGCGGCUUCCAGGGACAGAGGAUCCUUCACGAGGUCUACCAGAGACUGGGGACGGUGGAUGUCCAGGACCAGAUCGCAGCUGUGGAAUAUUUGCUGAAAUUUCCGUACGUGGACAAGACUCGGAUAGCCGUGUUCGGAAAGGGUUACGGAGCUUAUUUAGCCCUGAUGAUGCUGAAGUCCACUGAUAAUAUCUUCAAAUGCGCUUGUGCUAUGUCGCCUGUGACCGACUGGAAACUCUAUGCGUCGGCGUUCUCCGAACGAUUCCUGGGUGUGCCGGUCCGGGACGACAACCGAUAUCAGUUCUCCAGCGUGCUGCAGAACGUUCACGCUCUGAGGGAGCAGACGCUGAUGCUGGUCCACGCCACAGCCGACGCAAACAUCCACUUCCAGCACACUGCUGAGCUGGUCAAGAAUCUGGUGAAAGUCGGCGCAAACUACUCCAUGCAGAUCUACCCAGAUGAGGGUCACUUCCUAUCCCGGCACAGUCGCCAGCACCUGGCUGCCACGUUGACCAGCUUCUACAGAGAUUGUCUUAAGGAGGAACUACUACCAACGACCGACGAUGAGGACGAAGAGGAAGAGUAGAGUCAAACUCGAGGUCCAAAAACAUUGGCAAGAAUUUUGAUACAACUCGUCAAAGCCUGUCACAUCUGGACCCAGUUCCUCCAGAUGUGGAACUAACUGCGACAUGACGAAGUGCGAGUGUUUGUGUGUUUGAGGAGGUGUUUGCGUGUAAAUGUGCUAGAUGAAGACAGUCGACGACAAAGACUCUGGAGACAACUUCAAGUUAAUACAGCUACCGGGCAAAGCACACGAAGACCACCUGCACUUGUUCCGCCUCUUAAGACUCGAGUCACCCUCACCUCCCAAGUGCAUGACUCAUCCUCCCCCUUUGCUCACUCGUAGUCUCUCUGGAACAAGAGAACAGAAGUAUUUCAACAUUUUUAUCUUCUCAUGAAUAAACAACACCAUCAUCUGCGAGUCAGCGAAACCAUCGGUAAGUGCAAUUCCCCUCUGAGUCUCAACCUUCCCAAAAAAAAGCCUGGAUUGUUGUGGGUCUGCGCCCAAGCCUCACAGUCGGAGUUGUACAUUUCCAAUUGCAUAGGUCACAAGCUCACGUCUGAAUGACACGACCUUGCAACAAUCGCAGAUUUGAAUUCUACUACCAUUGUAGAACUUGGUCACGUGGCACUUCCACUAUUCUGAGUCAAACAGGGCUGCUUUCAUGCCAUAGGAUUUAAUGUUUAACAGGGGUUGCAAGUCUUUGGCUUUUGGCAAAAACCAACCAUUGCACCAACUGCUAGUCUGGGAUAGACCUGAGUCCAGAAUAAGAGCAACUCGUUGGGUCAAGGUCAAUUGGAGGUCAAACCAAAUCCAGGUUGAGGACAAAGUAGGAACGUUUCCUGGAAUUUAUAGGGUGUCCUAGACAUGUCAAAGGCAGGACAAAGAGCCCAAAAUGCAUGGUGUAACCAGAAGGCUUUGAACUGUUUCCACAUCAACAUAAGAAUAUGACUUGGUCCUGGCACCAAAAUGGAGGAGCAAUGACAACUCAACAAUAAUAGGGUUGGAUUGAGGGAAGGCUAGCAAGUAAACUUCAGGCUAUGGCGUAAGGGCUACAAGUGACAAUGACACUGGACUAGUGGCAACAGCUGGCCUGGGUUCAAGAACCAGUCUUCUCCUAGUCUUCUCUUCAUACAAACCCUGUUCUAGAUUUUGUUUUAUAGCGGUACUUGCCAAGCGUAAAACCUAUUAUCCACCUCUAGUGCAGGGGAGUCCGAACUGUUGUGGAAAGAGCCGCAGUGGGUGCACAUUUUUGUUCCAACCGAUCAGGGACACUCAGUUCAGUAAGGUGUCAGCUGAAACAAGCAGCACCAGACUGACAACCACCUGAUUUGCGAAGUUGGGUUGGAGCAAAAACCUGUACUGCCCCAGCCUUUUGAGGACCGGUUUGGACUCUCCCUCUAGUGGAUGUGAUCAGGUCUUGUCAGUGGUUUAUAGUGUUGUCCUCCUGAAUGGAAUUGAAUUGUUCGAAGUCCCUAAAGUAACCUACGGAGUCUCACAUUAUUUCACUUUGUCUCUGACUGUCCCCCACAGUUUUCUGUUAAACAUUAGGGUCUCAUUUUUGGUAUCGGUCCAGACUCCUAUAAGUCUUAUACCUGCCCGUUUAUCUCACUGCUCUAAAUGUCUGUCACAGCUUGGUUUCCUUUUCUCGCUGAGUAACAGUAGCAUGAGUAUCUUUUCGAUUGUUGUUGUUCGAUUGGUGGGACCAUUCAUAAAAUCAAGAUAACUGAAGAAUCAAACACAAUUUAAAGGUAUUACAAGUAACAUCCGACUUACGACCGGGAUCGUUCCCGACCAAUCGGUCGUAAGUCAGAUUGGGCGUAAGUCGAAUGCCAUUCAAAAUAGCCGAGGCGAGGGUUAUAGGUGCUACUGUAGUGGUAGAUCACUGUGUGAGAGUGAGAUGCUGAGAUACUGUGCUGCCGUAACUGUUGUACGCAUUGCUGGACUGCUGCGUGCUGCGUGCCGCGUGCCAGACAUUGAAUAAAAAAAGAAAAAGCAUCUGCUGGCAUCUGCUGGCCAUGGUCGUAAGUACCGGUGGAUGUCGAACAGGUCGUAAGUCGGAUGCUACUUGUAUUGAACUUGAAGCAGCACGUUGAGAGUAGAAGACAUGGGGUGAAAUCCUGUUAAGACCAGUGAGUCUAUUUAUCCAAACAAGACCGUGACCAUCGACACUCUUUUCAUCUGAAAGCCAGCGUUUGGAUACUGCAGUGUCACAAAAGGACACUUUCAUUUCUGGAUUGUUUGCUCGAGACCUUCAUGGGUCUUCACUGUAACAUGGAGUUCCACUCAUAAAGGCCUGGAACAUGCUCCAUGAAGUUUCAUUUGUGUACCGCCAUAAAAGGUUCGAGAAGCCGCAGAUGCAGAAGAUUGCAACUCUGUAUAGUGUUAUAAUGGAUCAAAACAAGAGACCUGAGACCCUUCAACAGAAGGGUGCAAGUGUCAUCUCCUGGAAUGUCCUGUUGGUCCUCAUGAGCAGAACAUUACAACCACCUGUGGUGUGAAGGCAGCCACCUGUCACAUUCUUGAAGUCCGAUUCCACCUGUAGAUGUUGUCAAAGCACUGAUGUGAAUAAACAGUUGGCGGUGUGUGCAUGUCAGAGGCCAAGUGUCCACACAUUUUGUACAGACAAAACAGCAGAGUGUGUAAAUAACUCUAUUUUUGAGACGCAGGAUCUCAGAGUCUACAGGAGGACAGAUUUGACCUGAACGUCCUGACCCUCAAUCUUUUCUCUUUGGGUUUUACUUCGGCUCUCGGUUCUCUUCCUAGGAUGGAUUUUGUAAAGCUCGUUCUCGUCUUUUUUUUCCUUGUUGUUUAAACCGGGACCGGGCGGCGGGUGAGGCGCGGGGCUACUGUGAUUGUCCAAUAGUGAUGAUUAUCAAUAAAGAAA